UUUUCCCCACCACCACCUUCUUUUCUACUUUCUCUCUCUCUCUAGAACUCACAUCUCUGUCUCUCUCUCCCUCUCUCUAUAUCUAUAUAUGUCUGUGCAUAUAUAUAUGUGCAAUUCAGAUAGGAAGUACGCUCUUUAUUCUAUUUCUACUCGGCUUUCUCAUCAUAGGUUGUGUUUUUAGAGAAACCCUAGAACGAGGAAGCGAAAAGUGUAUCGGGAGGAGGGGUCGUCGGUGAAGGGGUGGGAUUUGUUUUCUAGGGGGUAUCGAUCUGUCGAAUUCGGGCUGAUUUGUGGAAUUUGAGGUCGGAAAUGUCGUCGCUGAGCAGGGAAUUGGUUUUCUUAAUUCUUCAGUUCCUCGAAGAGGAGAAAUUUAAGGAGUCGGUUCACAAACUUGAGCAAGAAUCAGGAUUUUUCUUCAACAUGAAGUUCUUUGAGGAGAAAGUGCAAGCUGGUGAAUGGGAGGAAGUUGAGAAGUACUUGUCCGGUUUCACUAAAGUUGAUGACAAUAGAUACUCUAUGAAGAUAUUUUUUGAAAUAAGAAAGCAGAAGUAUCUCGAAGCUCUUGAUCGGCAAGACAAAGCAAAGGCAGUUGAUAUAUUGGUGAAUGACUUGAAAGUGUUUUCAACAUUCAAUGAAGAUCUCUACAAGGAAAUUACUCAGUUGUUAACACUUGGAAAUUUCAGGGAAAAUGAGCAGCUUUCCAAAUAUGGUGACACUAAGACUGCUCGUAAUAUAAUGUUGCUAGAGCUCAAAAAGUUAAUUGAAGCAAAUCCGCUUUUCCGUGAAAAGCUUGUUUUUCCUACUUUGAGGUCAUCAAGAUUGAGAACCCUUGUUAAUCAAAGUCUGAAUUGGCAGCACCAGCUCUGUAAAAAUCCUCGGCCGAACCCAGACAUUAAAACCUUAUUUACUGACCAUACAUGCACUCCGCCAAAUGGGGCUCUUGCACCUGCUCCUGUUAGUCUUCCAACAGCUGGAGUUUCAAAGCCUGCUGCCUAUGCACCACUUGGAGCACAUGGGCAGCCUUUCCCACCUGGUGCAGCAGCUAAUGCCAAUGCUUUAGCUGGGUGGAUGGCAAAUGCAGCAGCAACCUCAUCUGUUCAAGCAGCAGUUGUUACAGCAACAUCAUUACCUGUCCCACAUAAUCAAAUAGGUUCUAUUUUGAAGCGCCCAAGUACUCCAGCGACUCUUGGUGUAGUCGAGUAUCAGAGUGCUGAUCACGACCAAUUGAUGAAGCGUCUUCGUCCUACUCCUGCAGUUGAAGAGGUUACAUACCCUACAGUUCGACAGCAGCCAUCUUGGUCCCUGGAUGACUUGCCCAGAACUGUUGCUUUUACGCUGCAUCAGGGAUCUGCUGUGACAAGCUUGGAAUUUCAUCCAUCACAUCAUACAUUACUUCUUGUUGGCUGCAAUAAUGGCGAGAUAACUCUGUGGGAGGCUGCAAUGAGAGAGAAGCUAGGUUCAAAACCUUUCAAAAUUUGGGAUGUACAAGCUUGCACAUUAACAUUCCAGGCUUCUACAGCCAAGGAUGCACCAUUUUCGGUGAACCGAGUUACCUGGAGCCCAGAUGGGACUUUCUGCGGAGCUGCUUUUUCCAAGCAUUUGAUCCAUUUGUAUGCAUAUGCGGGGCCCAAUGAUUUACGAGAACACAAGGAGAUAGAUGCACAUGCAGGUGGGGUGAAUGACAUUGCUUUUGCUCACCCCAAUAAGCAGCUUUGUGUUGUGACAUGUGGGGAUGAUAAGUUGAUAAAGGUUUGGGAUUUAAAUGGAAGGAAAUUAUUCAACUUUGAAGGGCAUGAAGCACCUGUUUAUUCUAUAUGUCCUCACCAGAAAGAGAAUAUUCAGUUUAUAUUUUCAACUGCUGUUGACGGGAAAAUCAAAGCUUGGCUUUAUGAUAAUAUGGGAUCAAGAGUUGACUAUGAUGCUCCUGGGCAUUGGUGUACCACUAUGCUAUAUAGUGCAGAUGGAAGCAGGUUGUUCUCCUGUGGAACAGGCAAGGAUGGGGAUUCCUUUUUGGUGGAAUGGAAUGAAAGUGAAGGCGCAAUAAAGCGAACUUAUACUGGCUUUAGAAAGAAGUCAACUGGUGUUGUGCAAUUUGACACCACUCAAAAUCACUUUCUGGCUGUAGGUGAAGAUAGCCAAAUAAAAUUUUGGGACAUGGAUAACACCAGCUUAAUUGCUACUGCAGAUGCAGAUGGUGGUCUUCUGUCUCUUCCACGCUUGAGAUUUAAUAAGGAAGGAAAUUUGCUAGCCGUUACUACUGCUGACAAUGGAAUCAAAAUAUUAGCAAAUGCUACUGGCAUGAAAUCUUUGAGAGCAAUUGAAACACCACCUUUUGAAACAUUAAGAUCCCCAAUGGAAGCAGUGGCAAUUAAGGCUUCUGGAUCUUCUGGCCCAAAUGCUGCUCCUGUGAGUUGUAAAGUAGAGAGAAGCUCGCCUGCCAGGCCCUCUCCAGUCCUUAAUGGUGUAGAGCCUAUGCCUAGAAGCGUAGAAAAGCCGAGAGUUGCAGAUGAUGUAAAUGAUAAGCUGAAGCCAUGGCAGCUCACUGAAAUUAUGGAUCCUAAUCAGUGCCGAAUGGUAACCAUGCCUGAUAGUGGUGAUGCAACUAACAAGGUUGCUCGUCUUCUUUAUACAAAUUCGGGUGUUGGCGUAUUAGCCCUUGGGUCAAAUGGUGUCCAAAAGCUUUGGAAAUGGGCCCGCAAUGACCAAAAUCCAAGUGGAAAGGCCACAGCCAAUGUUACUCCUCAACACUGGCAACCAAACAGUGGUCUUCUUAUGAAUAAUGACAUAUCAGGCGUUAACCUCGAGGAAGCAGUUCCAUGCAUAGCGCUUUCGAGGAAUGACUCGUAUGUUAUGUCAGCUGCUGGUGGAAAGGUUUCAUUGUUCAAUAUGAUGACUUUUAAGGUAAUGACAACAUUUAUGGCGCCACCACCGGCUUCCACUUUCCUCGCUUUCCACCCUCAAGAUAACAACAUUAUUGCAAUUGGAAUGGAGGAUUCAACCAUUCACAUCUACAAUGUUAGGGUUGAUGAGGUGAAAUCAAAACUGAAAGGACAUCAGAAGCGCAUUACUGGAUUAGCCUUCUCCACCAGCCUCAACAUGUUGGUGUCAUCUGGUGCCGAUGCUCAACUUUGCUUGUGGAGUAUUGACACAUGGGAGAAGAGAAAAUCAGUUCCAAUACAAAUGCCUGCUGGUAAAUCCCCAACUGGUGACACUCGGGUACAGUUCCAUUUAGACCAAAUUCGACUGCUUGUAGCACACGAGACGCAGAUAGCAAUAUAUGAUGCCUCCAAGAUGGAGCGUAUUCGCCAGUGGAUACCGCAAGACCCCAUUUCUGCACCUAUUUCAUCCGCAACAUACUCGUGCAACAGCCAGCUUAUUUUUGCUUCAUUUUGUGACGGUAAUAUUGGAGUCUUCGAUGCUGAUACUCUAAGAUUAAGAUGCCGGGUUGCUCCAUCCGCAUAUCUUUCCCAGGCUGUAUUGAAUGGAAGCCAAGCUGUAUACCCGGUCGUUGUUGCAGCGCAUCCUCAGGAGCCCAACCAAUUUGCCGUUGGAAUGACGGAUGGAUCCAUUAAAGUGAUAGAACCUACAGAAUCUGAUGGCAAGUGGGGAUCAUCUCCUCCUCCUCCACCCCCAUCACCUGCAGCAGCUGCUGCCGACAAUGGAAUGCUAACUGGUCCGAGGCCAGGAUCAUCAUCUGCUGCCAGCAACCAUGCCCCUGAUCAGGUCCAAAGAUAAAUAUAUAUAAAUGGUACUGUUUUGCUUGGUGGUGUGUAAUUUGUCAGCCUAGGAAGGUAGGUAGGGAGAGGAGGGGAGGGGAGGAUACAGCCAGCCAGCCUCUACUCUUUUGUGAAAGUUAUUGGCUAUUCAUUUAUAAUAUUGUCUUCUGUUUGUCUGUUUGACUGUUUGUCUACAUUGUAUGUGUUCUUUACUGUGUUUAUAUUUAUUUAUUUAUAGAUAGGUAUAUGACCAACACCAAUUAUUAUUCUCA